AUGAAUAUCGAAGGUCAUGUCAGAAACUUUGAAACACAUGAACUACCAGCAAUGUUAGAUAAGAAAGCAGAUAAAGAACAUACACAUAACUCCUUCUCAACUGUUGCUAUAGAAAGUAUUGAAGGAACGGUUGGCGGAACUGGUGGGGAUGCAUUAUAUUAUAAACCUCCUAACUUUCCACAAGGUUUAACAUCGAAUGAAAACAUAACAACGAAGAAAGACAUUAGCUGUAAAAAUGUUUAUGUCAUGGAUGAUGAAAAUAAUGUUAAAUUCACUGCUCAAGAUUUAUAUGAUAAGAAAGCUGACAAAACAGAGCUUCAAACAUUAAAGACUGAAAUACUUCAAACAUUAUAUCCUGUUGGUUCUUUAUAUACAUCAAUGAAUUCAACAAAUCCAGCAACAGUUCUGGGUUUUGGUACAUGGCAGCAGAUUGUAGACAAAUUCUUAUACUGUGCUAACUCUUCAAAGCAAACAGGAGGCUCAAAGAAAAUUAAAGAAGCAAACUUACCUGCGCACACUCAUACAGGAACGACAAACUUUUCUGGCGACCAUAGCCACUCAUUAAGAGACCACCCAUUAUACAACUCAGACUAUAAAGCUGGCAAUGACGUUUUAUCUCCAUCUUAUAACAAUUCAGCAAAAAAGACUUUUCGACCAACUGAACCAGGAGGAAAUCAUGUCCAUACUUUCACAACAAAUCCAACAGGCUCGGGUGAAGAUUACAUGCCACCAUUUAUGACUGUAUUCGCAUGGUACCGCGUUCAAUGA